AUGGCCAGCAGCAACGUCACCAACAAAACCGACCCGCGCUCCCUGAACUCCCGGGUCUUCAUCGGGAACCUCAACACCCUGCUGGUCACCAAGGCGGACGUGGAGGCCAUCUUCUCCAAGUACGGCAAGAUCGUGGGCUGCUCGGUCCACAAGGGCUACGCCUUCGUCCAGUACGCCAACGAGCGCAACGCCCGCACGGCCGUGGCCAGCGAGGACGGCCGGAUGAUCGUGGGACAAGUGCUGGACAUCAACCUGGCCGGGGAACCCAAACCGCACCGCUCCAAAACAACCAAGCGCUCAGCGGGCGACAUGUACAGCUCCUCCUUCGACCUGGACUACGACUUCCAGAGGGAUUACUAUGACAGAAUGUACUCGUACCCGUCCCGCGUCCCCGCCCCUCCCCCCCCCCCCCUGUCGCGGGCCGUCAUCCCGUCCAAGCGCCCGCGGGUCAGCCUGAGCGGGGGCAGCAGCCGGCGCACCAAAAGCAGCUUCUCCUCGUCCUCCAAGAGCAGCCAGAGGACCUCAUCGUCCAGAGCAAUGCGAGUGGACGAGCUGCAGACCAUCAAGCGGGAGCUGAGCCAGAUCAAAAACAAAGUGGACGACCUGCUGGACAGCCUGGAGCGCAUGGAGAAGGACCACAGCAAGAAGUCGGCUAAGAGCGUAAAACCGGAGCCGGGAGAGGUGACGUCGCCCCCACACUCCAGCAACAAGAAGGACGAGGGCCUGAAGCGGGAGAGGGAGAGCCAGGACAUGAACGACUCGGACGAGGAGGAGGAGGAAGAGGAGGGCGACCUGCUGGAGGAAGAGGAGGUGAAGAGCCAAGAGCGGGAGGAUGAAGAGGAGGAGGAGGAGGAAGAGGAGGGGGAGCACGUGGAGGGAGACGAAGAGGAGGCGGACAGCGUGAACGGCGACGACGACUCAUAG